CGAUGCCAAUCAUGGGGACACUCUUCUAUCAUACUCACUUAAUUGUUCAUAAUAUAGAAAUCUGCACGACCCAGAUCAUACCCAAGCAGCUCGUCUUUGGUAAAAAUAUCGGCAACAGCUUCUGCUGAGACAACAGGCAUGAGUGGAUAUAUUGUCUACUAUUUCAAUGGGCGCUAUUACAUGUACCAAAAUCAAGACGAGGAUCACUUUCCGGACUGUCUCGGUUUGGCUCUCAUCAAAGACAUCCCCAGAAACAACGAUGAUUACAACAUUUGGCUCGCCGAGACAAGAAAGGAUUUUGCAUUGGUUGAGCAGGAUAUACACGCGAUAUAUAAUCUCGAAAAGGCCAAGGCAGCCAAACUUUACAAGCGCCCAAAACUACGUCCUGAUCGAGGCUUGAACUCACUAAGUUCCACUCUCGGGCUGUACCGAUCUCCCACACCGUUCACGCCGCAGGGCCAAGACGAUGAUUGGAUUUAUCUAUUGAAUCUUGAAAACGAGGAAUUUGUGAUUUGCGGGAAUGGAAGCCGGUACCGUUUCGCUUUGAACGACAUUGAUCGGGCGUUCUGCAGGCAAUUUUGCGAAUACAACACAAAAGUUCCCUCAAGUGAAUUAUUCCUAGGCAUCGACACGGAACAUGCCAUUCUAGCAUGCCUCGACUUACAUGAUUACUCGUUCGAGCAGGAGGACCUCAGCUUCUUCAGCGACACUUUACAUACAAAUCGACUUCGUCGAGGAGUACAGUCGGGCAUAAAGUUUACGCAGGCCAUUUACACAAUGUGGAGUGGAAGCCCCAAGAUUCUCUCCAUCAUAGAACGACGCGUUUCAGUUCGGGAUAAAGCUUUUCGGGAGGCAUGCUAUGUUGUGCUCUGCCUGGCUCUCGCACUUCCAAAGGAUGGAUAUAGGUCACUUUACACGACUAUAUCGUUUUCAGACUGUGCUCCAGACGGACUGUUUGACGGAAGAUUUCUUGGGAAGCAACGCGACGGGCUGAUCACGACGAUGGGCUCCCCAUGGAAUGUAGAACAGGGUCCAACAUGGCUAUGUCCUGAAAAGUUCAUUUUCAAAGCCAGAAAUCUUCGCGUUUUGCCGUGUCCUGGAAUCGAGUAUCCGCGCGUUGCAAAAGUGGCCCUGGCAUACAUGGUCGAGCAUGCAAGAGAUAGGCGCAUCUAUCCAUUCUACGGUGUUAUUUUGAGCAUCAAGAUGGUCAUCUUGAUCAAGGUAGAGCAUCAAACCGUUCGAACUUCGGGUCCAUUUCCUUUCGAGGUUGAUGGAACGGCUUUUGGUUCCGAGCGUGAAGUAAGCGGAUUCGUCGCGUUGGUAGCAUUUAAUGAAUCAGCUGAACUCGACAGGCUUGCAAAACAUUCCCCCCGCUCAGUCCCAACAGCCAUAAUGCCAAGCUCGGGAUCGAUACCUAUACUACCAACGGAAGUCUGGGAUUAUAUCAUAGGAAUGACUGACGCGGCAACACAAGCAGCGUGUCUCCGAGUUUCGCGGGGGAUGCGUGCCUCCGCGCAAGAAUAUUGCUACUUGUUUGACGACCGGCAGGUUGUCGUCCGUGACAUUGUUGGUCCUCGCCAGGAAUGGAUGCUCAAUACUGUUGAAUUUGCCCCACAGGAUCUUUCCGACAAGCCAUACGCCCGGAUGUUUGGGAAAUACUACAUGUGUCGUUGUCAGAUGCCCGAUAGAUCUGACGAAGAGGAUUCGAGGGUAAUAGACUUUGGAAGGUGGAUUCCGACUAUCAGCUCAACCCUGGGCUCUUCUGGUCCCCCUAUGUUUACUGUGCUGCCGGAGGCUGCCUUCAGACUGCUGAGUGCUGAUUAAUCUUUUACCUGAGCCCAUUUAAGAUAGAAUACCGUAGAGAUUGCAUCAGAAAGUGUCGUGAUUGCCAAACUUUUGCAGCUUGUUUGGGGGACAAGAGCCUGCAUUCGAAUUUUCAUUUUCCGAAGAAUCUCUUCAGAGUGUCUGGUGGUAGCAAGGAUGCGACUGAGGUCGCCCAGCAGGUAAAUCAACUCUCGAAAGAGACUGGCAUGCAUCGACUAGCUUGUUGAGCUACUCUAAACAAUGUCUCAAAGUGAGGAUGAGCCUCGCUUUCGGAUAUAUACGUUCAAUAAGUCGAUAGACCCGAGUGAUCUGG